AUGUGCUUAGGUAAGCUAGCUGUUUACAGCUCGUUUAUUCCUUUCAGUAGUGAAUUGUUCGUGCUUUCUAAAAAAAGUGACAUUGACCAGGCACUUUUGGAAUGCAUCUACAUUAAAGCGGACGAUGAUGAGGAUGAAAGUGAUGCCGACCUGAAUAAAUACGAUCUGAGCGCUGAUGAAUUUGAAGUGGAAAAUUUGAAAGCCAAAAUAGCCGCACGCAAAGCAGCAGCAGCAGCGGCAGCAGCAGCUCAGCAGGCAUCAGUGACAGCAGUAGCAACAGCAGCAGCAGCAGCGGAGAUCCCGCGAAGAAGUGGCUCGAAAUGCUCAUCCGACGGUGGUGAAUGUUCGUGUGAGGAAAGUGAAAGCGACGAAGAGCGCAGACGCUCCAUUCGUGAUGGUGACUGGGAGAAGGACCGAGGCGACGUGCGGGGGAAGGAUCGUAAUAAGGACAAGGAACGAGAUGAACGUGACAGUAGGAGCGAACGCGACAGAAGCCGACAUGGACAACGCCGAAAUCGC